AUGAGCGUCCUUGUCCUUCUCUUAACCACUUUUCUUCUGCUCUACCAAGGUCCUCCAGUGAGAAGUGACCUCCAUGCAGACAGGAUAUGCGGCUACGGGACUUCUCGCUGCCGGAGGAAUUGUAAAAGACCAGAAUUCAGAACUGGAAAAUGCCCCAACACCUCUCCGUGCUGUUUGAAAAAGUGGACCGUCAACUCAUUGAAUCCAGUGAAAGACAGAAAUCCAGUGGAGCCUGGUCCCUGGAAUUGCCGACAGCUAGGCCUCUGAGUCUUCUUCUCCAGGCCUUCCAGCUGGAACAUCCCCAGUGGAACCACUGAGUGAAGACUUGCUGAGAGCUUUCACCCCAUGCAGAGCCAGUACAGGAGAUGCAGAGAACACAAGGCCUCCACCUGAUGAGGGGGGACAGCAAUGCAGGUUACGUGAGAGUCUCAAUACUGGAAAAGAUGAACCAAACAACAUAUCCAAUCAGCCACAAGCCUAAGUGAACAUCAUUUUAUU